CUUGACGCCGAGAGGGUGCUUGCAAACACAUCAUCAUGGGCCAGAGCAAACAGUUGCGGAGUGCAUGAUGGAUGAUGCUGCAGAACGCCAGUCCAUCCGUCUUCCGGCGACGCAAACCACCAAGUUGUGCUACAUGGGACGCACAAGAUGAAGAUGCAGCCACCUUAGAAGGGAAAGCAACUCGUCAAAACGACCCCAGAGCAAGAAGGCCUGUUGGUGUGCUGAAUGCCCAAUAGGAAUGUUGCAGCCAGCCUGGACAAGGGGCUCAUGGGUUCCCCAGACUUUUGUCCCUUUCUUACACUUUACCCGACGACCAGGCCGCUGGCUUUGCGUCGGCGCACGGGCGGGCUCGUCAGGGGGACGAAGGGGACCAGCCAACCGGCCAGCCGACCAGACCGGGCGAGCAUCAUCCAGCAGGGCGCAUGGCUUCCAGUCUGCCCAAGACCUAGAACCAAGAGACGCCCGGGAAUGGGCUGCUUGCAGCCCGUCUGAAACGUCGGACCAAACGCCCGAGGACUGGGCCAGCGCAGGCGCUGGGGUGCGUGAACCGGUCAGGAACUCCGGGCGGCGGGAUUGGCUACCGUUGAAGCUCUCCAUGCGGGCUGGUAUCGGGCUUUUAAUCAAGCAUGUCCUGUUUCUGGCGCCUGGGCCGAUACCAGAUCCAGAACAUUUCGAAUAAUGAUUGAUGCGUCCGGGGGCGGAUAUUCAAGCGGAUGCUACGCCAAGCAAACGAAACGUCGGCAUUGAUCGGGGAGUUCGUACUGGUACGUGUACGUCGAGAGAGAGAACUUCGUGUCGGCCGGCGUAUUCGAUCUUGCUGCUGGCUGGUUCGUCAUCCGGACAAGCCCUAGGUUCGAGGUCAACGGCUCGAAGCCAGUCAACCCGGCAGGGCGGUGGGCUGGGUUAACGUUUACCCUCGACCGCUGCGAGUCAGCGAGCUUGGCCUGGCCUUUGUCACCAUCACACAGAACGUGCAUGGGGGAAACGCACCAAGCACCCGCACCAAGCAGUGUCGAGUGCCCCAUCCAGACGUGCGAAUAUGGGCCUCCUUCCCCUCCCCUCCCAUCCCCGCGAUUUAUUUCCGGGGGCUCGUCUCGUCGGCAUGCGGGUGCCCAUCGCUCCACCUACGGAUCUGCGAUGAUAUAAGUCUCUGUCAGCAGCUUGUAUAGGUGCCACGCCUGCUAUGGGUUUAUGGGCACACAUCGUAUCAUGAGUCGCCCUGGGGCCUCGGGCAGAGGGCGGAGCUCAGUGCCCCUCGAGUUCAUGGUCCCAUGGCCUCCUUUUGACCACUUCGCAUCGGGCUCCAUGCCGGCGUGUCUUCCGAGGGUCUUGCUUAUUUAUACCGCCUUCCCUCCGAGCAAAUGGCCCCCAAAUCCCUCGAGUCUAGGAACAGGCGUCCCUGAUCAAUUGUGGUUGGAGACGGUAGGAUCCGCCAACUGACGGCAAUAGCUUCACUUGCACGCACCCGACCCCAUACUUGUUUACCGCCUACACAUCAACAUACCUACCUUAGCUACCUACGUUCCAUGUCUCGCGCUCUCGCCUACAACUAUCAGGGUUCCACACAGCGCCCUCAAGAACAGCACAAUUCAGGCAUCUGGCUGACAAGCGGCUCGAUCCCUUCUAAGAACAACACGGGAAGAGCACUGGGAAAACUCUGUUCGUCUCACCGAGCACCGGGGCGGCCACACGGCACUCGGUGACGCUGGGGUGUCUUUUAGGGGACAGAAGCCGAGCUGGCGUUUGUCUGGAUAAAAAACCUGGACUGUGCCCGUUCCACAGGCUGUUUGCCUAGCACGGCGCAUCGCCUAUAUCCGGCCGACGACGGCCUCCACCAACCAGCACUAGCUCUCGGCACCUUGUCAGACCCGGGGCGGCGCCUUGCGCCUCAUAAGCAGAUUUCAGGAAGGCCGGGGAGGUUGAGGUGGAGGGGAGGCGGAUCUACCUGUCCCAGCAAUCCUCUCCUCGACUUUUGCCCAUUUCUUCUUUGGUUUAUCAUAUUGGCGCAUCGAGUCGCUGGAGGAUGUUUGAUGCCGAGGUGACUUGGCGUUGUUUUUGGCCGUCGGUCGGUUUCGCUAACAGCAGGCAAAGCGAAAAUCGCCGGGAGCUACAAGAGUCUUGAGCGAAGAGCCAAGAGGCAGCUACAACACGAAAAGGGAAAAAAAAAAAAAAGCCAUGGCGGAACGAAAGAACUCGGAGGCUGGCCCGAGUCGCCACUUGCAUGCAGCGCCAGCAGCAUCUUUUCCAACGCACAACUCGCCCAGGACGUGGCUGUUGACGCAGUCGCUCUCCCCCCUGGCCAUCCGCCUGAUCCGCCUGCUGCUGGCCCACGGCGACUACGUCGUCGCCUGCCUACCGCCACACGAGGUGGAGAACGAGGAGCGCAGCGCCGAGUUCCGCGAGCUCAUCAACGAGUGCAAGAGCAGCCGCCGCGACCGCGAGGGCUGGAAGGACCGCAUCCGCGGCAUCCGCUGCGAUGGCAGGGUCAUGGGCCAGUGCGGCGCCGCCGUCGCCGAGGCCGUCCAGGUCUUUGGGCGGAUAGACAUUCUGCUAUGCUGCAAGUUUGAAGCUGUCGUCGGCACCGUUGAGGAACUGUCCACGUCUCCGGCCACGGAGAACCUGGUGCGUGACCAGUUCGAGACCAUCUUCUUCUCGCAGGUCAACUUCAUCAAGGCGUCGCUGCCGCAGUUCCGCCAGCAGCAUACUGGUCACAUCAUCAUCCUGACCAGCAUCGGUGGCCACAUCGGCACGCCGGGCAUGCCCAUCUACACGGCCGCCACCUGGGCCCUCGAGGGCUUCUGCGACUCGCUCGCCUACGAGAUAGCGCCCUUCAACAUCAAGCUGACCAUCGUGCAGCCCAACAAGGAGAUCCAGUCGCUGACCAAUCGCAUCAUCCUGACGCCGCAGCUGCCCUUCUACGACAGUGACGUCAACCCGGCGCCCUCGAUCCGCGAGAUGCUGACCAACGUGCUCAAUGCGCACCCGGAGACCUCAGUGGCGGAGCAGCAGCAGCAACAACAGCAACAGCAAUACCAGCAGCAACAACAGGCAGCGGCCGGCGGGAGCAGCAGUGGAGACGGUGGCAGUGGCAACAGCAGCAGUGGUGACUCCAUCCUGUACCGGUACCCGCGGCUGCCCGCGGCGGCACUCGACAAGCUCGUCAUGGAGACGGUGCACGCGCUCACGGCCAUCGGCGGGCACGAGAACCCGCCGGCGCGACACAUCGUCGGGUUCGAGGGCAGCAUCGCGGUCAAGGAGAAGCUGCGGACCGUGACCGAGGAGCUCGAGGACUUUGUGGACGCCAGCCUGGCCGUCGACAUCCACGAGCCCGGCGUCGACCACCCUGGCGCCGAGGGGCAAGAGCAGGCUGGCAGGGACCAGGAGGCGGACCUGACAUCGGCUGGCCCGUGAAGUCGGGGUAUGCUAGGGUAAAAGGAACUUUUGGGAAUGCGUGCUAUGGGACAGCGGAGGCGUCAUUGUCGUUGGAGUCAUGUUUGAGCAGUAGAUACUAGAUAUUGUCGCUAUGUUUUGAUUCUUAAUGAGGUUGUGGGUGAUCUUUUCUGGAAUCGAAUGUCUUGCUUGAUUUGAACUUCCUAGUGGUGGAAAGAAAUGAGAAUAGAAUCAAAUCAACACCCCGGCAGCGAAGGGCGAUAGCAGCAAUGCGUGUUUCGUUCUCGGGGCUGCAAUGGUGCGAC